CAGAGAGAGAGAAACAGACGGAGAAAGAGGAAGAGAGGAGGCUGUGUGUUCGUUUCACCUCCUAAUCAGUUUUCCUGGAGGAUCUAUCAUCGGCUGAACGAUAGCAGGCAAUUAGAAAGCGAAAUAAGACGACCUUCUACCAUCUCAAAUUUGAGCCUCAUACAAAUUACAGACAUGGAUGCUCCCCUUUCGACCCCCUGUAAUAUCCAGAUUUGUGAGGUGACCUGCGACUCCUUCCGGAUCAUGUGGGAUAUGACCCCCGAGGACACGGCCAGAGCCACACACUUCUUCAUCGACUUAAGCCGCAAGGCCAACAGGGACCCCAACCGCUUCAAACACAGGGACGUGCCGACCAAGCUGGUGGCCAAAGCCGUGCCUCUCCCCAUGGCAGUGAGGGGACACUGGUUCCUCAGCCCGCGGACAGAAUAUUGUGUUGCUGUUCAAACUGCUGUCCGACAGCCAGAUGGUGAUUACUUGGUCUCAGAGUGGAGCCAGGUGGUGGAGUUUUGCACUGGGGACUACGCAAUGGAGCACCUACAGCAGCUUCUCGGCAAGGCCAAGGGCUCAGCGGGGAGGCUGCUGAAAUUCUCUGUCUUUUAUCGCAACCAGCACCCAGACUACUUUGAUUAUGUCAGAAAGGAGUGUGGAGGUCUGAUGCGUCCAGCCCUCAAAGACACCAGUGGGAGUCACGGCUCACCCAUCAGCGGCAAACUGCAUGGAGUCUUCUUCAGCUGCAACACAGAGUUUGAUACAGGGCUCCCUCCCAAAGACUCCCCGUACGGACCCCUGCGGUUUCAGAUCCCGGCUGGACACCUGCUGAACCCCAACAUCUGCCUGUAUUUUGCAGACUUCUACUGCAUGUACACGGCCUACCACUAUGUGGUGCUGGUGCUUGCCCCUGUUGGCUCAGAGGGAGAUGCCUUCUGCCGCACCCGCCUCCCUAUGCUGGACUUGGCUUCCAACCCCUUUUUGACAUACACUGCCUCUCAGAGACCCGGGGAGGAGCCCUUGUACUGCCACGCCAGCGACGUCAUCCUCGAGGUGCUGUUCACCGAGCCGGUUCACUUGGAUCAGGGCGGCGUGGAGCAAAUCAGCGGGCACCAGCUUAUGAGUCUGACCACCGCCAAUGCCAAGAAAGACCCGAGCUGCAAAGUGUGCAACAUCAGCGUGGGACGCUGAGGGAAGCGCUGGCGCAGAACUUGAAGUGUGCAAGUCUGCAGCCAAGACAGACGCUGUGAUGCAAAAAGAUGGUUGAGCCCAUCAUGUGUAGGUCAGAACACUGUGGAAAGAGUCACCUCUCAGGGUGCACUCGUGCUGCUUUCCCUCCUCCCUCCUGCCUGGACCAGAUAGUGUAUUUAAACUAGAAGACUUAUAAAAGUGUGUAUAGCAUUACUCCAUCCUAAUCACAGCUGGAAAUACAAUGAACAUGCAUCCAUGACAAAAAAAAAAUGCACUGAAAACACAGCAGGCUUAAGAAGACUGUUUUUUCUGGCAUCAUCAUGGUGAUGUUCUUUUUGUUUUUGCCCAUUUUCCCUUUGAUGUGUUUUUUUCACAACUGACAUUUUGACUUGUUGCAGUAGGGAAAUAAUAGUCAAGAUGACGUUUUUCUAAUAUGGACACUUGCUCACUUUCAUAGCUUACUCAGCCAUCAUCAGUCCUCCUGCUCUUUCUUUGCUGUGACAAGUCAAAGCUGGUGUGACGGCAUGUAAACUUCUUCUUUUUUUUCCUGUGGAGAUUAUUUCAGUUUAUUGUGAUCACCUCUCAAACAACAUACACUGCCAUGUUUCUCCUACAAAAUGAAGUCUAAUCACUUAUACUACACUGAAACAUGAACGUUAGUUUCCAGCAUCCUCACUGAAUACUUUCCUGCUUCACUUUAAAUGUAAGGUUAUGACUAAGAAAUUGUCAUACUGCAGAACAGUAGGAUACUUUGUAACAGUAAAAGCCAUUAGGAGGAGGUUCAGUGUUUGAACAUAAGAGAAAGGUAAUGAGGAAGCUCUCAAAGCUCCCUGCAGUCGCUCUUUGGCAGCUGUGCUAAGAUUAGCGGCUUCUGCUAUUGGCCUCCUGUUUGUCCCUGCCCAGUAAUCUCUGACCUAUAUGGGAAUCCCAGAAAUGCCUAAAGUGAAAGGGAUCCCCU